UAGGAGGAGUAGGACCAGACUACAGGGGAAGCACGUGGUUCUGUAACUGUGAGAAGCGUCUUCUGUGAAUCUCAACGUGUUGUCAUUCAUUCAAUAAUGGGCAGUGUGUUGGCUGCCAGUGCCCCUAGCCCACCUCCGCCAGGGCCGGGUGGAGCAGGUUUGGUUUCAGUCCCACCAGGAUUCACAAUGCCAUCUGUCUCACCUGUUUCUGUUACUGGUGGCUCUAUCAAUGGGCAGCUGGAGACUGAUCAUCCCCUCCCUAACCCUGGUGCCUUUGAAGAGUGUCAUCGCAAAUGCAAAGAGAUUUUUCCUAUGCAGAUGGAGGGUGUCAGAAUAACAGUGAACAAGGGCUUGAGCAACAACUUCCAGGUGAACCACACAGCGUUGCUAAGCACUCUAGAAGAUUCCAGUUACAGGUUUGGAGCUACUUAUGUGGGGACCAAGCAAACAGGACCCGCAGAGGCCUUUCCUGUCAUGGUUGGGGACAUGGACAACUCGGGGAGCCUAAAUGCACAGAUUAUUCAUCAGAUCACUGACAAAGUGCGCUCCAAACUUGCUUUCCAGACUCAGCAGCAGAAAUUUGUGAACUGGCAAGGAGAUGCAGAAUUUAGAGGGAAAGAUUUUACUGCUGCAGUUACCUUUGGCAACCCAGACGUGUUGGUGGGGUCUGGAAUUGUCAUAGCUCAUUAUCUCCAGGCUGUCACCUCAUCGCUGGCAUUGGGGGGAGAGUUGGUGUACCACAAACGACCAGGAGAGGAGGGCACAGUCAUGUCUCUGGCAGGCAGAUAUACAGGCAGCAACUUUAUCGCCACAUUGACGCUAGGAGGAGCUGGAGCUCAUGUGUCAUAUUACCACAAAGCAAAUGAUCAGUUACAGGUUGGUGUGGAGUUGGAAGCAAGCACUCGAAUGCAGGACACUAGUGUAUCAUUUGGAUACCAGCUGGAUGUCCCCAAAGCUAACCUUGUGUUUAAAGGUUCUUUAGACAGUAACUGGGUGGUAGGAGCCACGCUUGAAAAAAAGUUGCAACCCCUGCCGCUGUCACUUGCCCUCUGUGCUUUCCUGAACCACAGAAAAAACAAGUUCCAGUGUGGAUUUGGUGUCACCAUCGGUUAAACCUACCAUCUUUCUUAGUAGGAAAGCUUUGAUGCUACAGUUUACCUACCAGUGCCGUCGCUGGUCAAAUGGUAAAGACUGGACACACUUGCACAUUUAUCCAUACCUGUCCAAAACCAAAGAUGAUGGUAGAAUUACAUUUCUACUUUUGAAGCAAAACACAGUUAAACAACAUAACAUUUAUUUUUUUCUUCCAUCCAUCUGUGUUAUUAUAGUAAUAUUAAAGAAUAAUUGUUUUUCAAAAAGCAGUGAUAAAUCUUCUGUACCCUCUUAUACAUUGUGAGCACCAUGUACAAAUACUUGUUUGCAUACAAAUUAGCAUUUUCUUUAGUUGUUUGUUAUGGUCACAUUUUUAUAAAUUAUUUCCUGUAUUUGAGUGUGUUUUUUUUUUUUUUUGGUCCUUAAUGGAGGGGUUUGGGGUUUUUGUCUCUUAAUUUGUUUUAAAUACAUUGCUGGAGUAUCUCUGUACUCAUAUGGGUACAUAAACAAAUAACACAUAUUCUAUACAUUGCCUGUAUUGUAAAACAUGGAUAGAUGAUUAAAACAAAACCUACAUCUAGCUGUUAAAAUGAGAUACACUUUUCAUUUUUGUGGAUGUAUUGUUUGUGGGUGUGUCAGAACAAUGAUAAACGAUGCAUGUAGUUGAAAGCGGGAGAAAAGAUUAAUUGAAGAUGAAUCAAAAUUUGAAUGUGUGCACAACACAUCUUACCUUAAUGAACAGAGGAUAAAUUGUUUCAUGAUUUAGAAACAUCUCUGUCUUAACUGUAUUUUAUCAUUGUUAGAGA